GCGAGCGAGCUUAGGAUUCAUCCGUGUGUGCCAAUCGAUUCAUCGACUACCUCAAAAGAGUCGUUCAGAAGGAACCGACUCCUUGGUGAAUCACUCCUGGUUAUUAGAGCAGGGAGCGGAGCUGCUGCGGUUUUAGUGCUGCGCUGAAACACCGGAUCACAGGCAGCUCUUUCUUUUUCUCUCUCUCUCUCUUUUUUUUUACUCCAGCGCUCACCUGUGCUAGAAAAUCCGAAAUGAGAUCUCAGGUGCGUUUUCGGUAAGCGGUAGGGACAUCGGAAGGUGGUGUGGGAUUCGCGGCGGAAAUCAUUGGAUUUUUUUUUUAAAGAAGAAGAAGAAGAAGAAGCCAUAUUUCUGCGUAGAGACGCGCUACCGAUCGGUUUGUCCUCCAUGCUGAAGUCAGCGAGCUCUGGUAUGGCGGCCUGCGCCCCCGGGAGCCGCUUUAACGGCGGAUACACCACCAACACCACCGUCACCGUCACCACCAGCAGCACCAGCAGCAUUACCGCGCCCGCGCCGCCUCCGGUCCCUGCGCACAAGGCCAAGCAGAAAGGCUUCUGCCUGGUCAGGAUGAUGAAUCUAAACGGUAAAAAGGGGAACACGGAUCCCCGGAAACAGCAGCACCAGCACGGCACCGUGCCCUUCAUCAUUCACUGCCACAUCGGGAAAGAAAUCAAGCACAUUUGUGGCAACUGCAGCCGCGCCUCCGAAGCGCAAGACGCGGAGGAGGUGGAGCGACUGGCCGCCAUGCGUUCCGAGUCGCUCGUCUCCGGCACGCACACGCCGCCGAUUCGCCGCAGGAGCAAGUUCGCCACGCUCGGCCGACUUUUUAAGCCCUGGAAGUGGAGGAAGAAGAAGAGCGAGAAGUUCAAGCAGACCUCAGCAGCUCUGGAGAGAGAGAUGUCAGCGAGACAGAGCCGGGAGGAGCUGAUCAAACGUGGAGUGCUGAAGGAGAUCUUUGAGAAAGACUCGAGGAUGGCUGUAGUGAAGCAGGAGGUGAGACUGGAGAACGGUCUGUGUGUGACACCCAACCCUUUAGAGAGCAGCCGAGCGACAGAGCUGCUACUGCAGGGACUGACAGACGGCCACGGGGCGGCUCCUCUCGAAUUCCGGGCCUCCAUGGAAGGCAGCGUUUGUCCUCAGGACCCCUCCAUGAAGUCGUCCCUGGUUCUGCCUGCUAAGAAAUCGGUGGUUUUUCCAGGCGAGGUUCAGGAGAACCCCGCGAAAGCCGCGCUCUUCCACAAGCAGCCGCCCGCUCUGCCGCCCAAGCCUUUUACCCGCCAGAUCAACCACAGCAUAGAGCCAUGUCAGACCCUGAAGCUGCCCUGCGUUCAGGGGAAACACUCUCCACCUCUUCCUCCUAAGAAAGUGAUGAUCUGUGUACCGACCGGAGGUCUGGAGCUGCCCGUCUCGUCCCCAAGCCCUCUCGCCACUUACCCCGGGAAGUGCACUCCCAUGAUGCACCACGGCAGCCUGGGGGGGCAUCACGGACACCCGCACCAGCUGCAGUACGGCAGCGUGCCCAGCCGCAUCAUCGAGGAGCUCAACAAGACGCUGGCGCUGUCCAUACAGAGGCUCGAGAGUUCUGCAUUGCAUUCUGGUCAGUGUGGUCUUUUGGACAGCAGGCCGGUGCCCACAGUGGUGAUAGAGUGUGAGGAUGAUAAGGAGAACAUGCCCAGCGAGUCGGAUUACGAGGACUUACCCAGCAUGUAUAAGGAAGACCUGGAGGAAGAAGACGAGGAGGACGAUGAAGAGGAUGACGACUCGCUAUUCACGAAUACUUUAGCCCUGAAGGUGUUGAGGAAAGACUCUCUGGCUAUAAAGUUGAGUAACAGACCGUCUAAGAGGGAGCUGGAGGAGAAGAACAUCCUGCCCAUGCAGACGGACGAGGAGAGACUCGAGUCCAGACAGCAGAUCGGCUCCAAACUCACACGGAGACUGAGCCAAAGACCCACAGCAGAGGAGCUGGAGCAACGAAACAUUCUGAAACCACAGAAUGAGCAGGAGGAGCUGGAGGAGAAGAGGGAAAUCAAACGGCGGCUCACACGCAAGCUCAGCCAAAGGCCCACGGUGGAGGAACUGCGGCAGGCCAAGAUCCUGAUCCGCUUCAGCGAUUACGUAGAAGUAGCCGACGCUCAGGACUACGACCGGCGGGCGGAUAAACCCUGGACACGUCUCACGGCUGCAGAUAAGGCCGCCAUACGGAAGGAGCUCAACGAUUACAAGAGCACGGAGAUGGAAGUGCAUGAAUCCAGUCGCCAUUUAACCAGGUUUCACAGGCCGUAGACCAGCACGGAUCGGACCGGACAGGACCAGACUGGACCGGAGCACUCGGGUCUGUCUGGACCUCUCAUUCAAUCCGAACCACAAGUGCUGGUCAAAUCGAUGGUGCACGAAAAAUCACACUAAAAGCCAAGUCCUUGAGAGGGAGGGGCAAACAUUUCUUUUAUGCCUUUUACAAAAAACCCAGGACGUCGCCCCAAAACCUCACCAGCCUGAAAUUUCCCUCUAUACGGAAAAAAAAACAGUAUAAAAAAAACCACACUAUGGCAGUAAAACGUGUGUUUUUGCCUGGAAGCUUUUUUUUUUUAUUUAAUCGACAUCAUCUUUUAUUUUAUAUAUUUUUUUUCUUUUCUUUUUCCUCCCUGAUUCACGUUUUUUUUUUUCUUCCCCCUCCACUCGCUGACCACGUCUUCUCCCGGACGGUCGUAAGGUGGCGCUGGAAACCCACUCCGGCUCAGACGGGAUGAUUUUCUGCCACUUAUAGCGAAUACGUGCUCAGAGUGUCGGAUCUCCAGUGCCCUCUGCUGGCCAACACCGUCUCUCUCACACACACACACACACACGCUCGCACUCCCACUGUACAGACUGUAAUGGACCUCAGCAGCAAACUGUGAGCGGCGGAGCUCAGACUGCGCUUUGUGCUCGCGCCAUGUGUACAUUAUGUUUAUACCGGAUUAUGGAGUAGAAUAUUUUAAACGUGUAAAAAUGCAUUAUUAUACGAAUAAGGAACGGAAACCUUUUUAUUUCAAUAAGGAAGGGCUCGCUCGAGGGGAUGGGAUCGGAGGAUGCAGAUGUAUAUGUACAUGAUAUUAUAUAUGAAAAAUGUCUGAUUUUUUUUUGUUUGUUUGUUUUUGUCUUUUUUUUUAAAUAAUAAUUUAUAAUAUUUUUUUUUGUCUUAUUCUAAACCUGCUUUUUAUAUUACUUUUUUUUCCAAUUAUUUAACAUUUGCAUUUUUUUUUUCCUCAAAGGAAACUAGCUCAACCCAAAUCUCAGUUCCAAGCCCAGGGAUUUUUACUAAAUUAUUUAU